GAUGAUUGUAUUUGAUUUCGCUACAUUUCAAUCAUCGUAUUGGACAGCUGCAUUUGUUUUUGAGUAGUGUGCCACAAAGUGAUGUUUCCCAAAUUGAUCCAAAACUCUCUUUUAUUCUUUUUGCUGUGCGACGCUGGUGAAUCGAAAAUCUUUGAAGGAAUACCCAAACAAGCCGAAUGCAAGUACUACAAUCCCGAUCUAAUAGCAAAUUUUACAUUCACGUACAAGCCAUUGGGUUGGAAGAAGGCAAAAUACAGCAUUGACGGUUAUAUGAAAGAAGGUGUUGAAAUAGAUAAUGCCGUGAUCAGGGGAACGACAUAUCGUCGUGAAAGUAACAUGGAAUAUCGCGUAUUUGGUCCAAAGGAAUUAACAGUUGAAGCAUGCGGUUUUUUAGGAGGAUCGUGGACCCAUGUAGUGGUCGAUUUAGUUGCGGCUUAUAUGAAAAGGGCUGCGAAAAGCAACAAUGUCUUUCAUCCAUGUCCAUUUUCAGGUCAUUUUUAUAUCCAUGAUUUAAUCGUCGAUGAAAAUGCUUAUAACGUUGUCAAUUUUCUACCUAGUGGAUUCUUUAUGUUCAAGGCUCGAGUGUUUACUCGGCGCAACAAUACCGAACAUUUGCUCAUCGAGACGGCCACCUAUGUUGAUUUGAGGCCAGUUGGUAUUCAUACAAAGAGAUAAA